GUCCGCGUGUUUCCAUGGUAACCUGGUCGCGUUGGCAGCGCCACCUUUGCUACUCGGACCUUCCCGUCGACAUGUCCUCACUGGAGACCUCGAAUAACCACAGACAUGUGGGACCGUCACCGGGAUGAGUCUUUGGGUCACUGCUCCGUUACCGUUCCCGGUCAGUGUUGCAUCUUUACCGGGGGAACGUUUCAUCUGCGGCCCCGGUCAGACCGGAAACCGAGUGCAAAUGGCAGUCGGACGAGGGGGAUUCAGGCCAAGACUAAGACGGAAACAUCCGACCAUUGAGUCUAUCAGGAAGUCCAGGGACGGGAAGCCCUUCACUGUCCGCGGGUCUCCGAGUUUGGCAGCUGAUGGCGCACCGCAGGCCCCGAUGAGUGAGCCGCUGGAGGACGUUGGUGGGAGACACUUCCUCUUCAACAACACACUAACAGAGAGCAACAGAGCUGCAAUACUCCGGCAGCCAAGGGACAACCAUGUGACCAGAGGAGGGAACCUGCAGCCCUUCACCUUCUCUAAAGAGCUUUCCCACAGACAUGCAGCUCGACCUUUCACCCUUCGGAAUCAUGACGGAUACCAGCUGAACACACACCCACACAUCCUGUCUCUGACCGCGCUGGUCCUUAAAGGCCGCAACACCUUUCCAGUCGAUCACUGCAAAGUCAGCAGGCCGAAAGUCAACCACGCGGCCUACAUUGCACCCGCCGUCAAAGACGAUCACAAGGCUCUGUUAUAUCGGGACCCGGUGCUGGGAGCCUCGCGCUCUUUCAUCCAGAGGAUCUCGGAACUUUCCUCUCUGGAGUGUGAGACUGUGCGACAGGAGAAACUCUGCAAAGUGAAGAAAUGCCGACGGAAUCCCUCCUGACAAUCACCCUCCUCCCUGACUGGCUGCUCAGGAGUUAAAACUGAACACUCUGUGCCAAGACCAGAGCAGAAUCCUUUAUUUCGGACGCCAUGCUCGUUUCGGUGGCUCCUUCUCUCCGCCUCUCUGUCCUCCGUGGUUUUCAUUUGCUGUUUAACAUGGCUGGUUGUUACGUUUUCCAAGCGUUAGUGUCGAUAAUGCCUCGUAAUGCCAUCUGGCCCACACGAGCACUGUAUAAAACAGCAUGAACAUAUUGGAGCGCUCCACCUCAGAUAGCGGUUCAUCUGGGACAGACUCAGAAUAGAACCACUGCUUCUUCACUGUGAGAGCAGCCAGAUACUUCCUAACUGGCAUGCCUAACUGGGAGGAGCCCCCUAGAAAGACCCAGGAUAUGUUGCAGUGAGGAACUUUUUUUUUUACAUAUAAAAAAACAAUCUCAUGGAUUCUCAUAAAUUCCAGCCACAGGAACCAAAUCCAAUGGUUUUCAGCUUGAAUUCCGGAACAGGGUAUUGUUUUUUAUUCUCCUUAGAACGUCUUCUCUGCUGCCUCCUCGCUCACUAUUAUUAGUUUGUUGUGUGUGUCUCAGCACUCCUGUAAUGCAGCAAUGAGGUCACCAGUCCCGCUCUUCCGCACACAAAAACCCCUACUCUGUGGUGAAAAGGAUCAUUAACAGUGCAAAGCACAAAAAAAAAAUGUUCCUACAGUGUGAAAGCCGUCUCCUUGGUGACCACAGUGUGUUUUGAGAGCGAAGUUUGAGCCUCUCUGCUCUCACUGCUGCCCCCGUGACCCAAACUCGUAUAAGAUAAUUCUGAAAAUAUCUAGUCUUUUUCAUUAAAUGUAGU